AAAUGCUUUUAUUUAGUAAUCAAAGAGUAUUAAUAAAAUAUAGACAAACAAAAUGAAGAUAAUUUUAGUAUUAGUUUUAGUUCAAUACUACAUAACCAAUGUUUAUACGGCAACUGUCAAUAAAGUGGUCAGUGCUGAUGAAAAUGGUAUCUUUGAGGUGACAUAUCCAGGAAUAGGACAUUUCACACUAAAGGACUUUUAUGACCCUAUAUGGCGACCAUUGGUUUUGUUGCCGCAAAGUCCCGAACAUAUAAACACCAAAUUCUUGCUCCACACCCGACAGAAUUUGAAGACAGCUCAGGUACUCAAACAGGGAGAUCUGGACGCCAUCAAGAACUCAUAUUUUGAUGGCAACAAACCGACCAAAUUUAUUAUUCACGGAUUUCUUGAUAACCAAUUAUUUGGCGAAUGGAUGAGAAAAAUGAAGGAUACAUUUCUUGAAUCAAAUGAUUACAAUGUCUUUAUUGUUGAUUGGAGUGGUGGUAAUGGUCUGCCAUAUACUCAGGCAACGGCUAACACCAAAGUUGUUGGACCAGUCAUUGGAUUAUUUAUUAAUGAUCUUAAGACUACUAAAAAUCUGAAAGUCAGUGAUGUCCAUAUAUUGGGUCAUUCAUUGGGCUCACAUGUGGCCGGUUAUGCGGGUGAGAAACUUAAUGGAACAGUUGGUCGUAUAACAGGUCUAGACCCGGCCGGACCCUAUUACGAGGGACUGACCUUUCCCGCCGCCAAAUUAGAUCCAACUGAUGCCGUCUUUGUCGAUGCCAUACAUACAGAUGCUCGACAUCUGAUCCCAGAUCUGGGCUUUGGUAUGUAUGAGACUUCUGGUCAUUUGGACUUUUAUCCCAAUGGAGGACACGAUCAAACGGGAUGCGACACUCAGAGAUGGUUAUCAAUUAUUACUGAUGGUCUUAUGGAGGGUGUGCGCCGUAUGGUGGCUUGUAAUCAUCAAAGGGCUGUCGACUUUUACUUGGCAUCUAUAGACCGAAAAAAUAUAAAAGGUGUGAGUUAUCAGUGCAAGGAUUUCGAUACAUUCAACAAUGGUUUGUGCGUUGAUUGUGGACCUAAUAACGACAAGUGCGCUGUUUUGGGUGAUGAAGCCAUUCAGUCACAGAAAUACGAGAAGAGCAUAGUUGGCACCCGAUUCUUCCUCACCACUGAUGGAAAAUCUCCGUAUUUUAAAUAUGAAUACGAAGUUCAAAUAAAAAUGGCCGACGAUGGCGUCGACAAUCACGGUGUGGUCACUCUCACACUUCAUGGUAAUAACGCUCAGACACAGAUCCAGUUGAAUGACAAAGACCAGAUAUUUCAUUUGGGCCAAACCUAUACGUUUAUAGUUAGAUCCGAUGCCAAUAUCGGUGACAUUACAAAAAUGACAUUCAAAUGGCACCGAACUCUCGGAUCAAUUAUCCAUCAGAAGAUGUGGAUCGACAGCAUUACUGUGGAUCCAAUUUCAUCGGACAAUAUUAUGGACAAACAAAAACAUAUGAAAGAAAUUAGGACUUUCUGUGCUCCGGUCAAAGGGGAAGGCAUUCAAAAUGAGAAAGAAAUCGAUCUUUUGGACAGUUGUUAAUAGUAAAGCAAUUAUAAAUAGCCGACAAUAAAUCAUUUAAUAUAAUAAAAAUUAAAUUAAUUUCCAUAA